AUGGUCAGCCCUCAGAUCACCAACCUGAUCAUCAUGCUCGGCAUGGUGCAGGUCUCGCGCAAGGUCCCCUUCGAUGACCCCAACGUCCUGAACCUGUGCCGCGCCGGCUACAUUGCCAGCAACAUCAUCAUCGCCAUCAUCUACCUCUACGUCCAGGCGCAGAUCAACAAGAAGAAGGACAUGACCACUCUCAAGUACGUCGAGCCGGCGCCGAUGGGCUCCUCGGAGGAGGGCAAGCUGGUCACGACCACGAUCCACGCCUACGACACAACCCAGCUCCGCCAGGCCUUCCGCUCCCAGGCCAUGGGUAUCGCCAUGAUGGGCUUCAUGCACCUCUACAUGAAGUACACCAACCCCCUCCUCAUCCAGUCCAUCAUCCCCCUCAAGAGCGCCCUCGAGAGCAACCUCGUCAAGAUCCACGUCUUUGGCAAGCCCGCCUCGGGCGACCUGAAGCGCCCCUUCGUUGCCCCUGCCGGCUUCAUGCAGGGUCUCCAGAGCGGCCCAGCCCAGAGCGACAAAAAGGCCAUCGAGGCCGCCGAGCGCGCCGGCCGUGGCGGUGCCAAGGAGGAGUAA